UGCAAAUAAUCUGUCAAUUUGUGAUGAAAACGGUGAUGAAAUCCAAUGCAAACAUCAAAACGCCUUUAGAAGUGAUUUAACAUCUGUUUAGUUAUUACUUUGUUUUUACAACCGAUUUCCUCAAGACAUCGAUAGGCCAUGUCUUCCGAUAUCAAAGAGUUAUCACACAAACAGAUCUCAUUGGAUAAGUUGAAACCAUUGAAGAGCAAUCGUUUGGUAACUUUUGUUAAUCAUUUUAUUGUAUCGAUUGUCCAAAAUCUCAAUGAAUUGUCAGCGACUGUCGACUCAAGACUUUACGAUCUGAACCAACAGAUUCUUCGUUGUAAUACUAAUCUGACAAUUCUUGAACUGAAACUCAAUUCAAUUGCCGGCCUUUCGUCGGCGUCGACCAACACUGUGAGUGCUAGUAGUGACUCAAGUGAUCAAACAACUGAUAGACCAUUGCCUCAAAUCACACCAACCUAUCAAACGAAUGACAGUCAAGAAGUUGUGACCAACAGUUUGAUAACAAAUGAGACACAAGAAAGUGAUACUAAUGGACAACAAAGCAAUGACGGUAUGGACAGCAAUGAGUCGCAUCAAGAAUCGCAAGAGGAAGAAGAAGUGGUAGAUUCAAGACUCGAUAAAUAUAAGAAAAUGGUUCGCUUGGGUAUACCCGUACAGGCCGUCCAACAAAAGAUGCUCAUCGAUGGUAUUGAUCCACAACUGAUUAAAAGUUGAAUAAUAUCUUAAUUAAAUAAAAUCAGUCAUCAAUUUCUAUUAUGUAUAGUAUAUAUAAUAAUUCAUAA